GCGUUGAGUUAACCCACGCACGCACAGAUCUAGCGGCUACGUAAUUAAGGCAUUCUUGCUGCAAGCAUUAGAGCAUCUGGCCUCUUGAAGCGGCCACGAUGAGGAUUUCUACCGGCGGGGCGCUCACGCUGCUCGGACUGCUGGGUUUGGCACAUACAACGCUUGCGGUCAUUCAAUACCGCCAAGUUCUGAAGCUCUCACAAGAGGAGUUCGAGGCACUGCCCGCAUCCAUCCUCCUGGAGCUGGUGCUGUCAGCUGCGGUGGCUGUGCUUGGCGGUUACUUGUUAACUGGGUCUGUCAAGGUUGCAAUUAUGCCGGCGAAGGGCAGGAGUAUGGACAUCAGCUCGCUGCGGACAGACUUCAUCUCCUUCAACACGCGCAGCAGAGCCAUGCCGCUGGAUAUCCCCCCGCUCACAAGCUGAAGAGGCGGAGCAGGAUUUGCAGGAGGCGAAUGGCUCCUGGCGGGCAAGCACUUACCAUGAUUGAUGGAUGCUAAGUGGUUGUUUUGUCGUGAUAGGCCGUGGGUGGCACUGGCCGUGGGUGGGCGCUUUGAAUACGGGAAUGUACGGUGAUGUAGCGGAUGCACCACUCGUGCAGCGCUGUGGCGGAUGGCUGCUGCGACAACAGCACGAUUGACAAUUCCAGUCUGCAUACGCCGCCCAGCAUUUCUGCGUCCGCACAGGCAUGCUCGUUGAUGCUGCUGCAGAGGAUGGACACUUCCGCACAGGCAUGCACGUUGAUGCUGCUGCAGUGGAUGAGCGCGCCACGCUGUCCCCUGGGAUUGUGGCGCGUGGCUGUAUUCCCUGAACCAAGUUUGUGGCGACGGCAGAGAAAACAUGUUCCAUUGGUUCAGAGUCGGGUAAUUGAUAUUGUAAGCAUGAUGAACAUGCCUGGAUGCGCUGUCGGCUUACUGGGGCUUCGACUGUGGCCUUUGCACGUACCCGCGUGACACGGCACAUAAGCGGGUCAAUUUUCCCUGAGAGUCGCCAACUAGGACAGUUGUGCAUUCCUAGAUGCAUCCUGCUGUGCACGCGUGCACGCUGACGAGUAACGAGUUUCCUCCGACCGAUC